ACCCUCCGCGCCUACGAGGAGACUCGCGAGUGCCGCGUCCUCCGAGCCCUGAUGAAGGUCUUCAAGGCCGAACUCAAAGACUCUCGCUCCUCCGAGGAUCCUAUCCGCAAGGCCAUCUGCCUUGGCAUCGGCUCCUUCGAUCCUGACAACGGAAGCUGGAUCACCAAGGAGAAAGCCCAUAUGCAGUUUGCCGCCUUUUCCGUCAUUGUCGAGGAGCUUCAAGAGUCGUGCAACAAGAAGAUCGAGGUCAUCCUCCAGGAACCGGCAUUCAACGCCUCCGACAUUGACUUCGUCACCUCUUUGGGUCACGAGGUUGUUGAGUCUCCCGCCGCCUUUGAGGCCGUUGAUUCCAAGACUUUUGUCUUUGGCAUCCACCUCUACCGCGACAUCUACGCCCAGGUGUUCAACAAUCGCGAAUUCCCCGCCCUAUUCAUUGGAACCGGAUGGGAUAUCUGGUGCGAAGACAGCCUCGCCUUCCUCGAGGAGAUGGAGACCACUCACAAGAAGUUUGCUUUCCCCGAGUACCGUGGCAAGACUGUCUUCUACGGCACCUGCAUCUACUGGGAGUGAUCCAGACGAGUCCUCCAC